CUCAAGAAAAAUACCCGCUUCCCACUCCUUUGGCUUGACAGUGCGACAUCUGUCGGGUUCUAAAUUAGUUACUUGCUCAACUGGUUCGGGGUUUCAUAGUCACAGAUUAGUGUUCAUUCUCUGGGUUGGCGGAGGGAACAGACUAUUGUGCACAAUAGUACCGCCAGAACUUAGUAUUAAUACUAAUUACAAUACUACAGUAUAUGUAUAGAGUGCUAUCUUGUAUAGUGUAUGCAUAGUUGGCAUUGAAUAUGUUAGUGUAGGCUAAGCUAAAUUCAAGAUACGUUUUUUUCUGACAAACAACGGGUUAUUUAGAAUGUAACCCCAUUUUAAAUAGGAAAAUACCUUUAUUCUGUAUUCUGGGAUUUUAUGAUUUCUGGCAGUGGCCUGUUCACAGGGUUCCCAGAUUUAAGAGGUUGGACUGUACCAUUCUAACAGGCUUCAAUACUUGCCAGUUUUCUACCAAAGAAUACUUUGUGGAAAAGGGCAAGAGGCUUUAAAAAAUUGCUUUUUCAUUUUCAUAGACAUUACUUCUGUCAUUUUUUUGUUUAAUUGUGUUGUUUUAUCUCAUUUCAGAUGUGACCUUCCAUCAAGAAUAUUAUGAACAUUUCUAGAGAUUUUUGCAAGAAAUUCUGGAUUGAGGGAGAAAGGAGACAGAUACAUUGGUAUACAUUACCAGCUAUUCUUGUCAAGAUUAAUCCUGUUACUAUGUGAAACGUAGAGUCUGCUUUUGUUAUGUAGCACAUCGAAAGCUAUGUUAACUGUACACUUUCCUGAAGUAGAUAAAUUGAAGCGAAUUCUGAAAAAUCUCGUUAGAAAAGAUACUACUGUUCAUAUGACAAAGGAGCCAUAUGUGUGAAAUUUUGGAAAUCAGCUUUGUUGAAAACACCACCUCAGAACUUGAAUUUUAACUCAACACACUGGAGGGAGGAAGUUCAGUUUUCGUGAAUCUGGCAAAGCAUUUUCCAUGAAACAAAUUCUCUUGUAGCAUAUUAAAACAAACCAUGAAAAGAAGCCUUAGAAGUGGGAAAGCUUUUUCUCAGAAAACUCAUCCUAACAGUCAUAUGAGGACUCACACUGGAGAGAAGCCAUUUAAAUGUAAUGACUGUGGGAAAGCAUUUUCUCGGAAAUGGGAUCUUAAGAUUCACAUGAGGACCCACUCUGGGGAGAAGCCAUAUAAAUGUGAUGAAUGUGGGAAAGCAUUUUCUUGUAAUGGUUAUCUUUUACGUCAUAUGAUUGUUCACACUGGAAAGAAGCCAUUUAAAUGUAAUGACUGUGGGAAAGCAUUUUCUCGGAUAUGGGCUCUUAAGACUCACAUGAGGGCUCAUUCUGGGGAGAAGCCAUAUAAAUGUGAUGACUGUGGGAAAGCAUUUUCUUGUAAAGGUUCUCUUUUACGUCAUAUGAUUGUUCACACUGGAAAGAAGCCAUUUAAAUGUAAUGACUGUGGGAAAGCAUUUUCUCAGAAAUGGGAUCUUAAGAUUCACAUGAGGGCUCAUUCUGGGGAGAAGCCAUAUAAAUGUGAUGACUGUGGGAAAGCAUUUUCUUGUAAAGGUCCUCUUUUACAUCAUAUGAUUGUUCACACCAGGGAGAAGUCAUUUAAAUGUAAUGUCUGUGGGAAAGCAUUUUCUCUUAAAGGUCAUCUUGAACGUCAUAUGAUUGUUCACACUGGAGAGAAGCCAUUUAAAUGUAAUGACUGUGGGAAAGCAUUUUCUGAGAAAUGCAAUCUUAAGACUCACAUGAGGACUCACUCUGGGGAGAAGCCAUUUAAAUGUAAUGACUGUGGGAAAGCAUUUUCUCUUAAAGGUCAUCUUGAACGUCAUAUGAGGGUUCACACUGGAGAGAAGCCAUUUAAAUGUAAUGACUGUGGAAAAGCAUUUUUCCAUAAAAGUAGCCUUAACUUUCAUCUGAGGGUUCACACUGGAGAGAAGCCAUUUAAAUGUAAUGUCGGUUGGAAAGCAUUUUCUCAGAAAAAUUCUCUUGAAAGGCAUAUGAGGAUUCACACUGAAGAGAAGCCAUUUAAAUGCAAUGAUUGCAAAUCCCCUGCUGGUGGAGAUAUGAAGACGCAUUCCAUCACUUUAGAGCAGCAAAUGAAAAUUAUCAACCAUCAUGCUUCUGGAAAGGCAGUCCCAGACAUAGCACGUGACGAGCAUCUAUCUCAGUCAACUGUAUCCAAGAUCAUUAAAGACACAAAAUCAAUAAUGUACGCUGUAAAGGCAUCCGAUUCAAUUCAUUCCAUGGUUAUAACAAAGAAGAGAUUAGGGCCUUUGGAAGAAAUGGAGCUGUUACUGGUCAGGUGGAUGGAGGACCAGAUACAAAAAUGCAUGCCACUCAGCCUCUUGACCAUUCAAACAAAGGCGCUCUUGGUUUUCGAGGAACUAAAGAAAAACUACGAUGAUACCCACACCAAAGAUUUUGCAGCAAGUCAUGGCUGGUUUCAGCAUUUCAUAAGCCGUCAUAAUUUUAAUGGUGUGAAAAUUAGUGGCGAAGUGGCAAGUCCUGAUUCCGAAGGAACCGCUAAAUAUAAGGAUGCUUUGCAUGAGAUCAUUGUUGAUGAAGGGUACUUGCCAGAUCAAAUCUUCAAUGUUGAUGAAACAGGACUGUAUUUGAAACUGAUGCCUGAACGGUCACUUGGGAAAAGCUCAGAUUUAGAAAUUAAAGAGGAAAAUAUCAAAGAGCUCAUCGAUGUACAAGAUGAAGAGCUAAUGGCAGAAGAUAUAAUUGAGCUUGCAGAAGAGAGGAAAAAAGCAGAAGGAGAAGAAGAAAUUAAAGAAGAGCCAGGGCAAAAGUUUAUGACAGCGACAAUGGCAAAGGCAUUUGCCCUAAUUGAACAUGGUAUGAAACUGUUUAGUAAAAUGGAUGUGAAUUUGGAACGAUUUGCUGAAGUUGAGAGAGGGCUUCAAGACGUCCUUGCAAAUUACAGAGUCAUUUAUGAAGAACGAAAAAACUUACGGUAUCAGCUACAAAGGAUGUUUUCCAAAAGAAAAUGGCUCCAGUGCCAUCUCCUUCCACCCCAUUUGAGCCUCGACCCUCUACUUCUUGUGAACUAACAUCCGAAGAAAUAACAGCUGAGAAGGACCAAAUUGAUGAACCUGCUGCUUUAUUAUCGCCAUCCUCCUCUUCUGAUAUUGACUAGUUCAAAACAGCCAUCAACAUCCUGACGCCGCUCAAGUAUGCCAAUCACAGACUGAAUCUUGUUGAGUACAGUACAGGUCUGAUUCGUGUCUGUGUUAUGCAAUUUCUCUGUUUGUAUUGUACAGUUUACCACCACUAUUUGAGGACCAACAAUUUGCGGACUCACCUAUUCGUGGACUUUUAUGUGGGCCAUAUACGUAUACUCAUUAUUUGCGAUAUUUUUCACUGAGAAAUAUUCACAUUGCUGUAUUUUCAUAUAAUUUUCUUGACUAAAUGCACAUUUAUGAUAAGACUUAAAAAAACUCGGGUAGUAUAAGCAUUAUAAGCAUUUUUAGAGGGCCUUUUUAUGUUAUAACUAUCAAAAUAGGCAAUUCUAAGCAUUAGUAGAAGGGUUUUAAGUACUCACACAUUUUGGCUAUUUGCUUUAGGGGGGGGGGUCUGGUAUCCCCCAAUCCCCACAAAUAGGAGAGUCUACUGUGUAUCAUAAGUCGGUCUGCAUUGACCUUCCAGAAUUAGCUGAUGUAUUAAUAAUUAAAAAUAAAAAGAAUUAACAGUACUACAGUCAAACCUUGACAUACGAGCAACCCACCAUACAAGUUUUCUGGGUAAUUUUUAGCUUUAAGGUGCGAGCUGAGAUCCAAGCUGUGUGGCUCUUUUAAAAAAUAUUGAUAACGUCUAAAUUAUGCUGCCAGGUUAGGUGGCUUGUAGAACGACAUGCUAUUAGUUGAAACGUUUGUGUACAUACUAUCACUAGUGAGAGAGAGAGAGAUUUUUAUGCAAUGUAAUUUGUAAGGCAAUCUCCCUUCACCUAUGAAGGAAAAAGUGAGAAAACCUGUUUAGGUUCAUUACCAGGUCAACCUUGAAAACCCAGUUUGUCUCCCCAGGCCAAUAUAAGUUGUCUAAUGUUAAGAUUGAGCUUAAUAAACAAGUUUAUUUCGUUACAUUCCCUUUUAUUAUGUAUUAUUUUCUCAUACAUUUUUUAUUAAUAAGGCGCAUUUUUCUUAUUUGAAAGCAGAAAAUAAAUACAUAUUUGUGCUUUUUGGGAACUGGAAUGGAUUAAUAGCAUUUUCAUUCAUUGUAAUGUUGACAUUCGAUUUGAUCUACAAGCAAAUUGAGCUAUGAGUUCAGUCAUAAUGAAAUUAAACUCGUAGGUCAAGGUAUCACUGAGCUGUACAGUACAGCACUGUAUAUGUAUAGAGUAAUAUAUUGUAUAGUGUUGACUAGGCUUCUAUAUAUGUAUAGAUUAUACUGUAUAGUGUAAUCUAGGCCGCCUCCAACUUAUGAUAUUUUCAACUAAUGAUGGGUCCAUUGUAAUGCAUUCCCAUCGUAACUUGGGGACUACCUUAUACUCAUCUAUAUACUGUAUACAGUUAUCCCCCAUGUUUGCAGGGGUUGAUAGGGACCACAACCACCCAAGAAUAACAAAAAUGUAAUAUAGACAUGAAAAUAUUUGCGGGCUUUGUAUCAGCCCUCCCCCCCACCAUGAAUAGCUAGAACCCACAGAUAAUUGGAACCCCACUCUAAAAAUGCUCAAAAUUGCCUGUCUUGAAACACCAAAGUAUCGCUAAAAACUCCAUUGUCCAUCAAAUAUACAUUAGAAUAUCAUCCUAUUGCUGUACAUAUUAAUCUCUGAAAUACAGGCAGUCCCUGGCUUACGACGGUUUCCGCUUACGACGUUCCGAGGUUACAACGCUUUUAAAUUAUAUUCAUCAUAAACUAUUUCCAGGUUUAUGACACAUGUUCCAGGGUUACAAUGCUUACAACGCCGACCUGACGGAAGAAAUAUGACUCCAAAAAUGCAAAAUAAUCAAUAUUUGAAGGGUUUUUUAAUGAAAAAUACAAUAAGAAAUGCAGUUUACACAGUUUUUAAUACACCCAAAGCAUUAGAAGUAAGGUUUUCCUAGGAUGUUUUUUUAAUAACUCAAACACCAAAUACAGGCAGUCCCACGUUAUUGGCGGGGGUUCCGUUCCCAGGAGUGUGCCAAUAAGCGAAAACCGCCAUUAACCGAAACCCUGCAAUUUAUGGUGCCAUAAUUUCACUUUUGGCUCCGAUAACCAUUUAUUGGUGCCAUAAGCAUCCUUAUCCGUAAGCAUUCUUAUGGCACCGGUAACCGGAACUCAGCCUGUUUUGGCGCCAUAAAUUUCCGAUUUUAUGACACUAGACAAGCCCCAUAAAACUGGAUCGCCAUUAACCAAGACUGCCAAUAACCGGGGCCUGCUGUAUACCUUAAACUAUCAUCCUAAAACAUUAAUAUUUCAAGUAAACUUACAUCAUUGAAAAUACUUAAUACCCUAGUGACAGUACGUACACAGAGCAUCCAAGCUAAAAGCCAAUCAGCAACUAGGGAAGCUGGUACCCUUCUACUUCCAACCCUUCCAGCCAAGUGUGUCAUCAUGGAGAGAGAAGAGUCAAAUACCUAGUCAUAGAGCUUCAGCAGGCUGGCUCUCUCUCUC